GAUUCUCCGAGGAUAACAGACGAACUCAAACAUAGCCACCUUGCCAUCUUCAACCUCAAAAUUUCUUUCUUUUCUUUUUUUUUUUUAAGGAAAAUUUUCUUUCUUUUCCAAUUUCCCUUAUUUCAAGAAUAAUGCUUUAGCAAAACCACGAGCCAUUUUGGGCAUUUUGAGAAUUCCCAAGUAAAAUGUCCAUUUGUGCAGCUUAUAAUGGACUCGCACUGCACUCGCCAAAAGCAGAAAGCUUCAGCAGACUCAUUUCUUCUAAUUUUAUCAAUCGUAUUCAGGUAAGACCAGCCCCUUAUUCUCCUUCUUUACAUUUAUCAGGACACUUUAAAUUUGGUAAAGAAAGAUGUCAUCUGAUAUCAGCUUCAGCUACACCAACCGUUGAAAGUUCCAAAACUUCAUUCAGGAGCAAAAACCCAGAAGAUAUUAGUGUUCUGGUUGUGGGUUCAACCGGCUACAUUGGGAAUUUUGUAGUUAAAGAGUUGGUCAAAAGAGGCUUCAAUGUCAUCGCCAUUGCUAGGGAAAGAAGUGGCAUUAGAGGUCGGAAUGAUAAAGAUAAGACCUCGGAAAUGUUAAAUGGAGCUAACGUAUGCUUCUCAGACGUAACUCAGUUGGAUGUUUUGGAGAAGAGUUUAGCAGAAAGAGUGGCUUCAGUUGAUGUUGUUGUGUCUUGCCUUGCUAGUCGAAACGGUGGCGUGAAGGACUCGUGGAAGAUUGAUUAUGAAGCCACAAAGAAUAGUCUUGUUGCUGGCAGGAGAUUUGGGGCUUCACAUUUUGUUUUGCUAUCUGCAAUCUGCGUGCAAAAACCCCUCCUUGAAUUUCAAAGAGCAAAGCUGAAAUUUGAAGCUGAAUUAAUGAAAGCAGCAGAACAGGAUGCUGGAUUUACCUAUAGUAUUGUAAGACCAACAGCAUUCUUCAAGAGCCUUGGAGGACAGGUUGAUUUGGUGAAAGAUGGAAAGCCGUAUGUGAUGUUUGGGGAUGGAAAGUUGUGUGCUUGCAAGCCAAUCAGCGAGCCUGAUUUGGCCUCAUUCAUUGCGGAUUGCGUAUUGAGCGAGAACAAGAUUAAUCAGAUUCUGCCAAUUGGAGGACCUGGGAAGGCUUUGACGCCGCUGGAGCAGGGGCAGAUUUUGUUCAGACUGUUAGGGAAAGAGCCCAAGUUCCUGAAAGUGCCAAUUGAGAUAAUGGACUUUGCCAUUGGUGUUCUUGAUUUCCUCGUCAAAAUAUUUCCUUCGCUGGAAGAUGCAGCUGAGUUUGGGAAGAUCGGUCGGUACUAUGCCGCUGAAAGCAUGCUGGUGUGGGAUCCUGAAACUGGAGAAUACAGUGCUGAGAAAACACCAAGUUAUGGAAAGGACACCUUGGAAGAAUUCUUUGACAAGGUCCUCAGAGAAGGAAUGGCCGGUCAGGAACUAGGCGAGCAGACAAUUUUUUAGAUGUUCCUGUGCAAAUUUUGUAUUCCAACCUAGUCGAUUUUCGACGAGAUUUUUUGUCUACAAAUUACAUCCUUGUAUGUUGUAUCAUUUUUGUUUAAAAACAUUAUAAUUAUACAAUAACUAUCAAUCAUCA